CAAUGUUGACAAUGUUGUCCAAUUUUUGUCGUUCAUUAUAGUAUUGAAACGAUAAUACCACGUUGAUAAGAUCAAAUAAAUAUGAACACAUGAAUUAGUAUUACUUUUGAACUCAUUAGUUACUGUCAGUUAACAAAUCAUUAUUGAAUAUAGGUAGAUAUCAAGACAAUGGCGAGAAAAAUAGUAAAUGCAGCUCUGUUACUCAGCGGAGGCGAACCAAUUUUGACAGUAGAACAUCUCCAUAGACAUUUGAGAAAUAGUAAAGGCUAUGACAAAACUCUAAAUAAGCUCAUUAUAACUCAUCUUGCUGAUGGUAAUUGCACAGCAGAAUUGAAAAUUGAAGAGGAACAUACAAAUCCUAUGGGCACAAUGCACGGAGGGCUAGUCACUAGCCUCGUUGAUGCCGUAUCUACGUGGGGGCUAUUCACUCAUAAAAAUGGUCGACACACGAGUGUUACAGUCGAAUUGAAUACAACAUUUAUCCAAGGUGCAAAGAUGGGAGAAGUCAUAGAAAUAACCAGUAACACGACCAGAGCUGGAAAAACACUUGCAUUCCUGGAUGUUUCUGUAAGAAAUAAAACUACCAAAGCACUCUUAGUCAAAGCUUCUCAUAUAAAAUACAUCAUCGAAAGCAAAAUUUGAAUUAUGUUUAUUUGUAUUUAACUCUGUGACUUUUUUAAUUAUACACAAUAGGUACUUAUACUUACCUAAAUAUAUCCACUUUCUUCGACCUAUUUAGAACAAGAACAAAUCCGAAUUGUUAGUAAUUAUUUUAUAGGGUGUCCCUAAAUUAGCC